AUGCUGCUGCAGAACCAAGAUGUGACGCCCGCGGUGGAGGAGGCGCUACAGCGCCGCGAGCGCCGUCGUCACCAGAGCCGGGUGAGCCAGCGGCGCUACCGCGACAAACAGGGAUCCGCGGAGUACAACCUCAAGCUGGAUGUCAACAACCUGCGUGAGCACGUACAACGUUUGCGGUUCCUGCGGGAACUGCUAGAGACCAAGGUCUGGAGCACCCGCUUGGCGCACGAGGGGGCCGUGGUGAAGGCUGCCGAGCAAUACUACACCGUCUUCUCACACGGAAUGCACAAUCCCGAAGCCGGCGGCGACCACGUCCGCAAGUGCUUUGACAUGCAGGUGGGCUUCGUCAACGCGUUCAUGGACACGGACGUGGAGUUCGGCGACUCGCGUGGUGUCUCGGCUGUACUGAAUCAGUGGCAUCUGUAUACGAAGUUCCACGCCACUUUGUCCGUGCGCAUGCUGUCGGCUGAGGUUUAUGGCACGGAGGACGUUCCAAUUGUCGUAGUGAAGGGAGUGCUCGCAGUCCGGAUGAACCGAUCGAGCAUCGAGUACAUGUUCCCACACAUCAUCGCGAAUGAGGAGCUGGUGCAGGUGCUGCUCAGCCGCGAGAUCGAGUAUCCGACCUCCACCACAUACGUGUUCAACUCACGCUCGCAAGUGGAGCGUCAGGAUCUUGAUGUUGACUUUUUGGCCGGGAUCAACCACUGCUUGGGCAGCACGUAUGCCUCCUCGCGCGUUAUGCAACGUGCACUCAUCUCGGACUGUUGUAAACUCGGCCAGGUCUCCACGGGAAACACCAACGACGACUCGAGCCUCCAUGCGGCCUACAUUGUAUCUUAG